AUGCAAGCCCAGGCCUACAGUGGCCCAGGGGUAUUGUGCAAGCCCAGGCUAACAGUGGCCCUGGGGUACUGUGCAAGCCCAGGCCUACAGUGGCCCAAGGGUAUUGUGCAAGCCCAGGACUACAGUGACCCAGGUGUACUGUGCAAGCCCAAGGCUUACAGUGGCCCAAAGGUACUGUGCAAGCCAAAGCAUACAGUAACCAAGGGGUAUUUUGCAAGCCCAGGCCUACAGUGGCCAAGGGGUACUGUGCAAGCCCAGGCCUACAGUGGCCCAAGGGUAUUGUGCAAGCCCAGGACUACAGUGACCCAGGUGUACUGUGCAAGCCCAAGGCUUACAAUGGCCCAGGGGAACUGUGCAAGCCCAGGCCUACAGUGGCCCAAGGGUAUUGUGCAAGCCCAGGCUUACAGUGGCUCACAGGCCUACAGUGGUCCAGGGGGUACUGUGCAAGCCCAGGCCUACAGUGGCCCAAAGGUACUGUGCAAGCCCAGGCCUGCAGUGGACCAGGGGUAUUGUGCAAGUCCAAGCCUACAGUGGCCCACAGGUACUGUGCAAGCCCAGACCUACAGUGUCCCAGGGGUACUGUGCAAGUCAAGCCUACAGUGGCCAACAGGUACUGUGCAAGCCCAGACCUACAGUGACCCAGGGGUAUUGUGCAAGCCCAGGCCUACAGUGACCCAGGGGUACUGUACAAGCCCAGGCCUACAGUGGCUCAGGGGUACUGUGCAAGCCCAGGCCUACAGUGACCCACGGGAACUGUGCAAGCCAAGGCUUACAGUGACCCAGGGGUACUGUGCAAACCAAGGCCUACAGUGGCCCACAGGUACUGUGCAAGCCAAUGCCUUCAGUGACCAACAGGUACUGUGCAAGCCAAGCCUACAGUGA